CGAUUAAGUGUCAAGUAUAAAAGCGCGGGUACGGAUGCAGUUCAUCAUUCAGUCUUCAGCUCCUCGUUGAACACAAACAUCAAACAUGUCUCCCUUCGCCGUCGUGUUCCUCUGCAUCCAAGCUUGCUUGGUCCAGUCAGUGUUCAGCCAGUGCACCAGCCGCGCGGCGGUUGCUGACGCCACGUACGCUGGUCCCUAUGGUCUGGCCGCUCCUGCCCUGGCAGCUCCUUACGGAUUAGCCGCUCCUUGUGGUCUGGCCUCUGGUUUGGCUUCUCCUUUCGGCUUGGCUGGUGCUGGUCUGGCUGGCCCCUUCGGUUUGGCUUCUGGUUUGGGUUAUGACGGACUCGCCUACCCUGGCGCUGCCGGUUACGGCUCUGGAGUCGCCGCGUACGGCGGCGCCGGUGAAGGCAACGUGGCGGUCGCUGGUGAGCUGCCAGUCGCCGGUAACACCGCUCUGUAUGGACAGGUGCCCAUCAUGGGCUCUGUGGGCUUCGGAGGUGAUGUGGCUGCUGCUGGUGCCGUGUCUAUCGCUGGCCAAUGCGCUUGCGGCUGCAACACCCCCUACAACACAUACCUCUACUAGACAAUGUUACUACUAACUCUUAAAUAAAUGAUUUUAUGUAUGACCGUA